CGGAGGAGAGAGGGAGGAUGGACUUUUCCCCAAAUGCGAGAAGAAUACCGGCUCGUCAUUUACGGCUUCUUCCACUUCGCAGCACAUCUCCAGAUAAACGCUAGAGAUGUUGCUGUGUGCUCUGGUGGGUCUGCUGCUGCUGUUCUCCUGUCUGGAUGUGUGGUACUUCCUGCGGGGGGUGGUGGUGGUGGUGCAGGCCUGGUUCCAACCCCCGGUCUGGGAUGUCCUGGCAGAGCAGAGUGUUGCUGGGAGGGUCCUACCUCAUGACCUGGACUAUAUGGGUCACAUGAAUAACGCAAGAUACCUCCGGGAGUGUGACUUCGCCAGGUUCCACCAUUACAUGCGGAACGGGAUCUUUAAGGCCCUACGGACCCUGAAGGCCACCAUGGUGGUGGGGGCCUCCACUAUUCGCUACCGACGCUCGCUGGCCUUCGGGGAAGCAUUUGACUUGCGCACUCGCAUCGUGGCAUGGGACGACAAGUCAUUCUUCGUGGAGCAGCGGUUUGUCUCCCAGGGCGACGGGUUCAUCUCCGCGGUGAUGCUAUGCAGACAGAAUGUUCUCCGUAGCAACCCUGAGAGCAUCCUACAGCUGCUCUGCAAGAGGAAGGUGGAGUGUCCCGACUACCCUGAGGAUCUGCAGCACUGGAUCAGCUUCAUCUCAGCCAGCAGCCAGGCCCUGAGAGCCCAGAGUGGACUAGAGGACAAGACUGGAGCGCAGGAAGACAAAGACAAGUGAUACACACAUUCCUUGAGUAGCCCUAACAUUACACAUUGUUGUAGCCCGGCCCCAAACACACCUGAUUCAACGAAUCUGCUUAUCAUUCAGCUGUUGAUUAGUUGAAUCAGGUGAGGGCCUAGAACGGACAUGACUGACAGCUCCCUCAGAAUACAGGAACUAAACUGACAUGACUGACAGCUCCCUCAGAAUACAGGAACUAAACUGACAUGACUGACAGCUCCCUCAGAAUACAGGAACUAAACUGACAUGACUGACAGCUCCCUCAGAAUACAGGAACUAAACUGACAUGACUGACAGCUCCCUCAGAAUACAGGAACUAAACUGACAUGACUGACAGCUCCCUCAGAAUACAGGAACUAAACUGACAUGACUGACAGCUCCCUCCGAAUACAGGAACUAAACUGACAUGACUGACAGCUCCCUCAGAAUACAGGAACUAAACUGACAUGACUGACAGCUCCCUCCGAAUACAGGAACUAAACUGACAUGACUGACAGCUCCCUCAGAAUACAGGAACUAAACUGACAUGACUGACAGCUCCCUCAGAAUACAGGAACUAAACUGACAUGACUGACAGCUCCCUCAGAAUACAGGAACUAAACUGACAUGACUGACAGCUCCCUCCGAAUACAGGAACUAAACUGACAUGACUGACAGCUCCCUCAGAAUACAGGAACUAAACUGACAUGACUGACAGCUCCCUCAGAAUACAGGAACUAAACUGACAUGACUGACAGCUCCCUCAGAAUACAGGAACUAAACUGACAUGACUGACAGCUCCCUCCGAAUACAGGAACUAAACUGACAUGACUGACAGCUCCCUCCGAAUACAGGAACUAAACUGACAUGACUGACAGCUCCCUCAGAAUACAGGAACUAAACUGACAUGACUGACAGCUCCCUCAGAAUACAGGAACUAAACUGACAUGACUGACAGCUCCCUCAGAAUACAGGAACUAAACUGACAUGACUGACAGCUCCCUCAGAAUACAGGAACUAAACUGACAUGACUGACAGCUCCCUCAGAAUACAGGAACUAAACUGACAUGACUGACAGCUCCCUCAGAAUACAGGAACUAAACUGACAUGACUGACAGCUCCCUCAGAAUACAGGAACUAAACUGACAUGACUGACAGCUCCCUCAGAAUACAGGAACUAAACUGACAUGACUGACAGCUCCCUCCGAAUACAGGAACUAAACUGACAUGACUGACAGCUCCCUCAGAAUACAGGAACUUAUUCAUUAGGAUUUUAAAAUACAAAACUGAUCCUAGAUCAGGCCAUGUGGCUUGAACCUUUUACUGCAGUGGGCUAAAUCAGGGUCACACAGAGUGAUUCUGGGUAGUCUUAAACAGAUCUACAUUGAAACAAAACAAUACAUCUCACACACAGGGUUAUGGGCUUAAACAAAGACACCUGUACCAUGUCAGAUAUGGAGUUGAAAUGUAUAAAAUGUUUAGUUUGCAUCCCAAUAUUACACUUUAUAUACUUCACAGAAUACUGAAAUAUAACAAAACUGCUUGACAUAGAAACACCGGAUUUCUACAUUUAAAAAAAAUUAAUGUUUCUUAAUUCUGAAAAAUAUGAGUCGCAUUUCACCCAUGAGGCCACUCGAGAGCGCUUUGGUCAUUCGCCUGCAGGAUAGAGGACCCUGGUGUUGUUAAGGGAUUCAUCCUAACCUGAGAUGCAAAACCUUUUCCGAUGAAACUCUUUCCAUAAUAGUUUUAGUUACGUGUGCAUGUAUCUCGAGAUAGUCUCUUUCAAUUAUUCAUUUCGACAUCUCUGGGAUUCACCAGAAUUUCCUAAGUAGCUCGAAGGACCAAUCAUAAAUGUCUGUCGGAGAAUGACGGAGCCCCUCCCAUCAUACUAAAGAGCCAGUCACCUGCCCUCUGAUCACCUCUCUUCCACACAGAGGAGUUCUACUCAGCUCUCAGCACCACUAGAUCUGUUUCCCUGUUCACAGGCUUAACGGUUACACAGCCGAGCGAUGGGUUAUUCGUCUUUUGUGUUGGGUGACCUUGAACAAGGCACUUAACCCUAAUUGCUCCCUGUAAGUCGCUCUGGAUAAGAGUUUUUGCUAAAUUACUAAAAUGCAGAAUGAACGUUUUCGCUUCACUGCUUUUUCUUCAUUCGUCUCCUGUUGUAGCUAGCGUGAAACAGCUAGCGUGAAACAGCUAGCGUGAAACAGCUAGCGUGAAACAGCUAGCUAAGGAGAAUUGGCUAGCUUAGCUGCAAGGCCAGCUCCCCUACUGACUAGCUCUUCUACCUGGAAGGGUAGAAUUACUAGUUUGCUCUCUCGUUUAGUUCAACCCACUACCGAUGUUGACCAGACCGACCAUUCUAGCGUCACUGCUUAUCGAUCGAGAAGCACACUUUUGUUCAUCACAAGACCAACAUAGCACCAUCUUCCUUUGGCUAGCCAUGCUACUAGCCCUUGUGACGAACGCUAGCUGCGCUCACAUUGUUAAAGGGAUUGGCUUCUCCGGCCAGCACUGUGCUAACUCGCUAGCCUACCACACUCGCUAGCCUACCACACUCGCUAGCCUUCCACGCUAGCCUACCAUCGUUUCACUUUGUUCUCGAAUUAGCAUUUUUUGGAGCCAUGGAACAUGCUAACUCGGCCCAAGAUUUACCGAACAAGGCCUCUACCGGCACACCUGUGCCCAUGCUGGGCUACCAUAUAUUUUAUACGGGAUGACUUUACUCCGCAUAAAAGUAAGGUUGUAGCCCCUUGGUGGCAAGGCAAGCUGUGGAUAGCGGAGAUCAUUCACCUGCUGUACAACAAGCCUUGGCAACUCCUGUUACGCAGAGAUCAGCUGACCAAAGCGAACUGAGAGACUGUCCCUCACCCGGGAAGCCAUGGCCCUCUGUCCCUUGAGAGGUUAAAUGUGGACUAUUGAGUCUAUCCAGAGUGCUAGGGCUCAUUCUACACGCUCUCUGUAUGGAAACAAGUGGUGUUUUUUUUAUUUUUAUGGUGACCUAAAAACAGAUCAUUCCUUACCAAUGUUCUGUAUCUGAGGUUUUACGCUUCCUGCAGUACCUUGUGGACAGAAGGAAGGCUUUCGCUACUGUUAAGGUCUAUUUAGUUGCUAUCUCUGCCUGUCAUAUGACCUUUGACGAUAACACGGUGGGAAAACACCUAUUUUAUGUUGUUUCAUGAAGGGGGCGUGUCACCUACGUCCAGUUGCCAAGCCGUUAGUCCCGUCAUGGGGUUUGUCUCUUGUGCUCGAGGUUAUUUCACAGCAGACUUUAAGCUGUUGCAGAGCAUGGAGAUCCAUUAUCUCUCCUCUUUACUGGUUCCCCUUAAGUCUGCAGAGCCAGUGAACUACAUCCCCUGUCAGUUCUCCGUUCCUGUCUGUAGAGCCAGUGAGCUACAUCCCCUGUCAGUUCUCCAUUCCUGUCUGUAGAGCCAGUGAGCUACAUCCCCUGUCAGUUCUCUAUUCCUGUCUGUAGAGCCAGUGAGCUACAUCCCCUGUCAGUUCUCCAUUCCUGUCUGUAGAGCCAGUGAGCUACAUCCCCUGUCAGUUCUCCAUUCCUGUCUGUAGAGCCAGUGAGCUACAUCCCCUGUCAGUUCUCCGUUCCUGUCUGUAGAGCCAGUGAGCUACAUCCCCUGUCAGUUCUCCAUUCCUGUCUGCAGAGCCAGUGAACUACAUCCCCUGUCAGUUCUCUAUUCCUGUCUGUAGAGCCAGUGAGCUACAUCCCCUGUCAGUUCUCCAUUCCUGUCUGUAGAGCCAGUGAGCUACAUCCCCUGUCAGUUCUCCAUUCCUGUCUGUAGAGCCAGUGAGCUACAUCCCCUGUCAGUUCUCCAUUCCUGUCUGUAGAGCCAGUGAGCUACAUCCCCUGUCAGUUCUCCAUUCCUGUCUGUAGAGCCAGUGAGCUACAUCCCCUGUCAGUUCUCCAUUCCUGUCUGUAGAGCCAGUGAGCUA